UCCGGGAUCUUCAGGAAGUUAUGCUGUACGUCAUUACGCAAUUUCCUGCGCACACACCGGCAAAAUGGCUCCGACGGGAUACUUAUCCUUUGCAGUGGUUGUUUUAACGACUAUUAUAGGGUUUUAUUCAGAAUUUGGGGAUUGUAAUAAUGGCAGAAGGGGGUCUGAUGGCGUGGAGUCGGACCUCGCCGGAUUCUCUGUGCCGCUGGAGCACUCGUUCGAAGUGGACGACGUGCCCAGGUUUCGGACUCGUGGCACGAUCCAGCUGAAGGCCGGGAGAGAGAACAGCGUGGCUCUGUCUCAGAUGGAGCUCUCGGAGAAGGACAGGAGUUUACUCAAGGACGUAGCGGCUGUAGACGGUCUGUACAGGAUCCGAGUUCCUCGUGCGUCUCUGCAGUCAGACAGACAGUCAGACGGCCACCUGAGUGCCUUCGUCAGAGCCUGCUCUCUGGUGGAGUCGCACCUGAGUGAUGUCAUCACGCUGCACACCGACGUCAGCGGCUCCAUCAUCGGCGUCUCCAUAGUGACGGUCCCCGGGGCGUGUCGGGGAGCCGAGGUCGAGGACGACGUGGACCUGGAAACGUUCAACACCACCAUCAGCGUCAUGGCGCCGGUCAACGCACCAGCCCCUGAGACGGCUCUGUUUAUCGAAAGGAUGGAGCAGGAACAGGACAAGAAAGGAAAACCGCAGGAGCAGAAAUCCUUCUUCGCGAAAUACUGGAUGUACAUCGUCCCUCUCGUCCUCUUCCUGAUGAUGUCCGGAGCGCAAGAUCAGUCUGGAGGCGGAGCUAGCGGCGGUGCAGCCAGUGGCGGUGGGCGAUGAUUCCCAUGGCAACAGGGACUGCUGUUCUGCUGCUAUUGGUUUAUAAAUUGUACAUAAUAACUUAAGAAAUGUUAAAUUAACGUAACGCAGAAUUCACAUGCUAAUAAACUAAGAACAUCAUGUUGGAGGAGUUUAACACACUUUGUUUUUACUACUGAUUCAUUGAAUAAAAUGUGCUGAAAUGA